GCAAUGUCAGCACGAGGGAACUAAACAACUAUUUUAAGUCAUGAGCUAAAACGUUUAUCGUAUACCCUUAAGGAGGCCUUUUCGUGACUUAUAAAACCUACCUAUUGAACCUUAAAAAAAAUGCAACAAGGUAGUAUACUUGCAGUAGAAGGAGAGAGGGAAAGCGGAGAUGCAGUUCGAAAAAAUAAUAUAACAGCUGUAAUGUCCAUUGCUAAUACUGUUAAAACAUCUUUGGGGCCUGAAGGCUUGGAUAAAAUGCUAGUUGACGAACUAGGCGACGUAACCAUAACUAAUGACGGAGCAACGAUACUUAAACUUCUUGAGGUUGAGCAUCCAGCUGCCAAAGUUUUGGUAGAAUUAGCUGAGUUGCAAGAUCAAGAAAUAGGAGAUGGAACAACUUCUGUAGUUAUUCUUGCUGCUGAGCUUUUGAAAAAUGCAAGUGAGCUCGUUAAAUGUAAGAUUCACCCGACCACCAUAAUAAGUGGCUACCGAUUAGCUUGUCAAGAAGCCUGUAAGUACAUUAAUGAACACUUAUCUUUACCAGUAGAAGAGCUCGGUCGUGAAUGCUUGGUAAAUGCUGCUGUUACUAGUAUGCACUCUAAGAUUAUUGCUGAUGAUGCCUUGUUUUUUGCUGACAUGGCCGUUGAGGCUGUUCUCUCUGUGAAACGCACGAACUCUAAAGAUCAAGUGAAAUACCCCGUCUCGGCUAUAAAUGUUCUAAAGUCUCACGGUAAACGUGCUAAAGAUUCUCUGCUUGUCAAGGGCUAUGCUCUUAACUGCACGAUUGCCUCGGAAGCUAUGCCUCACGUUGUUAAGGAUGCUAAGAUUGCUUGUAUCGAUUUCAAUCUUCAAAAACAAAAAAUGGCGUUUGGUGUUCAGGUGCUUGUCAAUGAGCCCGAGGAAUUAGAAAAGAUUCGCCAAAGGGAAAUCGAAAUGACUACCGAAAAGCUUAAAUUGAUUGUCAGUAGCGGAGCCAACGUCUUACUGACCACGAAGGGCAUUGAUGAUUUGUACUUGAAGUAUCUGAACAAAGAGGGGAUCAUGGCGGUAAGGCGAUGUACUAAAGAAGAUCUUAAAAGGAUUGCUCGAAUUACUGGAGCUGAGCUACUGAGCUCGCUCGCUGAUUUGGACGGAAACGAAAAGUUUGACGCUCAUAUGCUUGGCCAUGCAGAGGAAGUAGCGCAGGAGUGGGUGGGCGACAACCAGCUGAUCCUAAUCAAAGGCUCAAAGGCUCACCCCUCCUCUUCAAUUAUUUUGCGUGGGGCCAACGACUUUAUGUGCGAUGAAAUGGAACGAUCUGUGCAUGAUGCACUCUGUGUUGUUAAAAGAGUUUUGGAAAGUGGAAUGAUCUCUCCUGGUGGUGGCGCCGUCGAAGCUGGUGUUUCAGUUUACUUGGAGAAGUUGGCUAGUCGCCUGGAGUCGCGUAACCAGUUGGCCGUUGCGGAAUUUGCUCGUUCUCUUACUGUAAUACCCAAAACGCUAGCCGUCAACGCUGCGAAAGACGCUAUUGAUCUUCUGGCCAAACUUCGCGCAUUUCAUCAUCUCUCUCAAACCGAUAACUCUAAGCUGCACUUGAAGUGGACUGGCCUUGACCUUGCCGCCGGCGUUACACGCGACAAUGUGGAAGCCGGUGUGCUGGAGCCUACCAUAGGCAAAGUUAAAUGCUUCAAGUUUGCAACGGAGGCGGCAAUAUCCAUAUUAAGGAUUGACGAGCAUGUAAGAUUACAACCGGAAAACAAAAAAGAUCCUCACAGCUAUCAGGAGGCCUAUAGGACGGGUCAACUCGGUUAGUGCACAACCAAUUUGACUUUUCCCGUA